CCUCCUCCGCCGCCGCCGCCUCCGCCGGCCGCCCGGACUGCCGGGCUGCUGCGGUCGUCGCGGCCCGGCUCCGCGCAGCCGGUCGACUCCUUGGCCCCGCGCAGAGGCCCGCUCUCCAGCACCUCCCGAAAUGGGACGCCGGUCAUCAGAUACUGAAGAAGAAAGCAGAAGCAAGAGAAAAAAGAAACACCGUAGACGGUCUUCUUCAAGUAGUUCUUCAGAUAGUAGAACAUAUAGCCGAAAGAAAGGUGGAAGGAAAUCAAGGUCAAAGUCAAGAUCCUGGUCUAGAGAUUUUCAGCCUCGCUCACAUUCUUAUGAUAGAAGACGCAGGCAUCGAUCAAGCAGUAGCUCUUCAUAUGGCUCUAGAAGAAAACGAAGUCGAAGUCGUUCAAGGGGUAGAGGGAAAUCCUAUAGAGUUCAGAGGUCUAGGUCAAAAAGCAGAACAAGAAGGUCCCGAUCAAGACCACGUCCACGUUCCCAUAGUCGAAGCAGUGAAAGGUCCAGUCACAGAAGAACACGUAGUCGAUCUCGGGAUAGAGAACGACGUAAAGGCAGAGAUAAGGAGAAAAGAGAAAAGGAAAAAGAUAAAGGCAAGGACAAGGAAUUACACAGCAUCAAACGUGGGGAAUCUGGAAACAUCAAAGCUGGAUUAGAACAUCUGCCACCAGCUGAACAGGCCAAAGCAAGACUACAACUGGUUCUUGAAGCUGCUGCAAAAGCUGAUGAAGCAUUGAAAGCCAAAGAAAGAAAUGAAGAAGAAGCCAAGAGAAGAAAGGAGGAAGACCAAGCCACCCUGGUAGAACAGGUAAAAAGAGUCAAAGAAAUUGAAGCCAUUGAAAGUGAUUCUUUUGUUCAGCAAACAUUCAGAUCAAGUAAAGAAGUCAAAAAGUCAGUGGAACCUAGUGAAGUGAAGCAUGCAGCUGCAACAUCAGGACCAGCAUCAGUAGUAGCUGAUCCACCAAGUAACGAAAAAGAAAUAGACCCUAGCAGCAUCCCUACUGCUAUCAAAUACCAAGAUGACAAUUCUCUGGCCCAUCCAAAUUUAUUUAUUGAGAAAGCUGAUGCUGAAGAAAAGUGGUUCAAGAGAUUAAUUGCUCUCCGACAAGAAAGGCUGAUGGGCAGUCCUGUGGCCUAAAGUUAUGUUCAUAUGGUUGAAUUAACAGUAACAUUGGAAAUUUAGGUUUUUAAAUCCCAGUAUUAACUUUUUACUCUUAAAAAUAAAUUAGCUGAUUAUAUAAAAAGGUAACCUCAUUUCAUUCUUUUCUCAUGUAGGCUCAAAAUAUUUGUUGAUUUGAACUUAAUCAAACAUUGUGAAUGUUAAAACUAGUGUAAAGUUUAAGAAUGCAUGAAAAUAUCAUACUGUUAAUAAAGCUAAUCCUAGAAAUAUUAGUAUUAAAAUAAACGGUACAGUAGUGUUUCUGAGUACAAUUUGAAAAAUAUCAAGUUGCCAUUUAAAGUUUUGAUUAGUCAUACAUAAAAAACAGUCAAACUAUAUGCUAUAAAUAUGAAAUUUCAUCUUCCAUGUGUUAUUAAACCUUUUUGAAUCUUUAUUUCACCUUAUUGCAAAACUUUAGGCACAAUAAAAAGCACUGUAAACAAUC